UACUGCUGAGCGUCAGAGCUUAGCAAGUAAGUUACGUAUAAAUGAUGGAGCAGGUAAGAGAAGAAUAGGCAAAAAACCUGAUAUUAUGGCAUUAGAAAAGUGUGAAAGAAAGCUGGUAGAAUAUCUAUAUUUAGAGAGUUCACGUAUUAUCUGCAAUGAUACUAAAAAGAAUGAUGAUGAGACAAAGUUAUGGAGAGAAUUGUUGGACGGGAUUAGUUAUAUAAAUAGCGCAUGUAGACCUACUAGUAACCAGUUUGGUGUGGUUGGAAUUCAGGUGGCCGGUGAAAAGAUAUCUUUAAAUGUCCUGAUAAAUGACGCGAGCGGAAUCCCGAGAUAUUUUCAUGUAGAUCAUGCAGAAAUUCCACUAACUUCUGGCAUAUCAUGGCGG